UCACACUCGCCAAUUUCUAAUCUUCAUUUUCCGAUUCCCAAACUGGGUUAUCCGAUUCCGAUCUAAAUCUAUUUCUGUUUAUAUCUCUGUAUCAAUGCCGGAACACGAAGCAGUCAAAAUCUUUCUGCUUAUUUUAUUAAUUCCCUGUUGCUAUUCUGCUCACCGAUUUUGUCUGUUUCGCUGAUUUCUGGUUUUGUUUUGUUAUUUUAAUUAGAGCAGAGGUAUGAUGAAUGUAGAAGUGUUUUGAUUGAGCUAUUCGUGUUGUGUUGUUCGCAUAACAAUGGUGCUUGGGAUAAGAGCAAAGAGUCGGAAGAGUGCUGCGGUUGAGGUAGAUUAUGUUAUACAUGUGCUGGAAAUUAAACCAUGGCCCUCGUCUCAGGCUUUGAAAUCUGUUGAGUCUGUGUUUCUUCAAUGGGGAAAUGGUGAUCAAGCGUCUGGAUCAUUCUUUCGUAAUGUUGGAGACGAGAAGAUUGAAUUUGGGGAGUCGUUCAGGCUUCCGGUUGUUUUGUACAAGGAGAAGUCAAGAAAAAGCUCGGCGCGUGACACUUACCAGAAGAACAACUUAGAGUUUCAUCUGUCUGCACCUCGAAAGGACAAGGCAGCUAAACUUUUGGGAUCGGCUGUGAUAAAUCUUGCAGAUUAUGUGACCAUAGUUGAAACUACGAAUGUGAGAGUUCCACUGAACUUGAAGAAGAGUUCUAAGAGUUCAGCUCAGCCGGUUCUUUAUGUUAAUGUUCAGCCUUGUGGUAAUGAUAGCUCCCACUUGGCCAAACAAGUGUCGCUGGACAACCAUGGAAGUCAUGGGUCUCUGGAUGACGAGAUUGCCUCUUUUACUGAUGAUGAUGGUGAUGAUCAGUCUUCACAUUCAUCACGUACUGUAACCUCUUCUGCUUUUGAGGCACCAGUCAGUUCAUCACCAACUGCUGAUAAGGUAUGUGGAGACAAGAAUGCGUCAGAAUCAACAAUUGAUAACGCUAAAAGGAUUUAUGAGGAACCAACCAUACAUUCAAUAGCAGCACCUGCAAACACUGUUAUGAAUCCAGUCGCUAAUGCAUUGACACAUCAAAGUGGAAGUUCAUCUCCACUGUCGUCAAUAGGCUCUUCCUCCCCUCGGAAACCUGCUUAUGAUUAUAUUUCUUUGCCUCACCCUUCAAGGGAGAGAUCAGUGCCAACCUUGAAAAAAUCUGUGACUCAGUCUGUUCAAUCAUCUUCUUCAUCCUCUGGCUAUCAAGAUGACCAUCAAGAGUCUGGUAAUUAUAAUAUUAAGACCAACAGAAUUCAGAAUAGUCUUACCAGCAGAGGUUUCAGAAUGCAAGAAAAUGCACAAGAAUCUACAAUGGGCAAAAUUGUGAGCAACCAUGCUUCUGAAGGUACAACCUCAAGUACGUCUCUGCAGCAGGCUACAAACUCAAUGUCUGCAAGCUAUGCAGAUUUAGAAUCCCGUCGAGAUGAUGAUCAUCUCGUAAAGGUGAAUGAAUAUUCUUUUGAUGGCAAAUUAGCUUCUAGGUUUUCACAAGAUGCUACCAGAAAGCCAGUCACUUUAAAGAGUGAAACUUUUACAGUCAGCAAUAAUGUUGGAUCACGGGAAAGCAAGGUUAAAAGUACUGAAUUAAAGCAUGUAAAGUCCGUGAAACCUUCUAUCUCAGCUGAGACCAAUAGUCGGUUAAGAAAACAUGAGUUUAUGAAAAAGUCAAAGGAAGCUGAGAUUCCUGAAGAUGGUCGUGUUGGUGGUAUCAUUAGUGCAAAGUGUGAAAGAGAAGAAACAACAACUAGCUGUUCUGAUAGUAAAAUUGAGCUGGAGUCUACAAUUGAAAUGCUUAAGGAUGAGUUGAGAGAAGCGGCUGCUGUUGAGGUUGGCCUUUACUCCAUUGUCGCCGAGCAUGGGAGUAACACAAAUAAGAUCCAUGCUCCUGCUCGCCGACUUUCUAGAUUCUAUUUUCAUGCUUGCAAAAUGAGAUCUCAAGCUAAGAAGGCAAAUGCAGCAAGAGCUGCUAUUACUGGAUUAAUUUUGGUUUCUAACGCUUGUGGAAAUGAUGUUCCAAGGUUGACUUUCUGGUUGUCGAACUCAAUUGUGUUGAGAGCUAUUGUCAGCCAGGGCUUAGGGAAAGCUCAAGUUUCAAAUGGACCAUGCACUACAAUUAAAGGUGGCGAACAGUAUGCAGCGGAUAGGCAUUUAUCAGCAAAGGAUCGGAUUCGUACUCGCAAUGAUGAGAAAGAUAACAUUCUUGAAAGUUUUGAUAAUUGGGAGGAUCCACAUAUAUUUAUGGUUGCUUUGGAAAAGUUUGAAGCUUGGAUAUUCUCCCGGAUAGUUGAGUCUGUAUGGUGGCAGAAUAUAACUCCACAUAUGCAGUCUGCAGCUGCGAAAGGCUCAAGCACAAGGAAAGCUAAUGGAAGAAAGAAAGGUUUGGGUGAUCAUGAGCAGGGUAAUUUUUCUAUUGAGCUGUGGACGAAGGCUUUCAAAGAUGCCUGUGAAAGGCUUUGUCCUGUUCGAGCUGGUGGCCAUGAGUGUGGCUGCUUGCCUCUUCUAGCUCGUUUGGUCAUGGAGCAGUUGGUGAGUAGGUUGGAUGUGGCUAUGUUCAAUGCUAUUCUUCGUGAAAAUGCUGAAGAGAUGCCCACAGAUCCCGUGUCCGACCCCAUAAGUGAUUCCAAGGUUCUCCCUAUUCCAGCUGGAAAAUCAAGUUUUGGGGCAGGUGCACAGCUAAAAAAUGCGAUUGGAAGCUGGUCCAGAUGGCUGACUGAUCUAUUUGGUAUGGAUGAUACUGAUGUUCCAGACGAUGAGGAUGAACUCAGUGAUCACAAGGGGCAGGAGAGUGAAACAUCCUUUAAAGCUUUCCGUCUUCUUAAUGCUUUGAGUGAUCUCAUGAUGCUUCCAUCUGAAAUGCUUGCAGAUAAACCCACCAGAGAAGAGGUAUGCCCUACAUUCGGUGCAUCAAUGAUCAAGAGGGUCCUUUACAAUUUUGUUACAGAUGAGUUUUGCCCAGACCCGAUUCCCGAAGCAGUUUUUGAGGCUCUUGACAAUGAGGAGAAUCUGGAAGCUGAAACAGAAUCUGUUACAAGUUUCCCAUUUAUUGCAAAUCCCACAUUUUAUUCACCACCUCCAGCUGCUGCUUCUCUAUCAGGCAUUACAGGAGAGGUGGGGAGCCCAGCUCACCUAAGGAGUGGGUCAUCAGUGCUUAAGAAAUCAUAUACUAGUGAUGAUGAGCUUGAUGAGUUGGAUUCACCGAUGACUUCAAUCGUAGAAAAUUCCCAGGUUUCCCCCAAUUCGUUGACAGCCAACCCAAUGCUGAAGUGGAAGGGUGGUCGGAAAGUUGUCCGAUAUCAACUCCUCCGUCAGGUUUGGAAGGACAGUGACUGAUAUCUUCUCAUUCAUGUGUGUAUUUGAUGUACAUAUAUGAUGAGUAUUAGGGAGUGUAUUCCAGUUUUUCAUAGCAAUGUGAUUAUCAGGUUUAUAAACAGGGUGCAUCGAGGCAUAUUAUUUUGUGAAUAGAGGAAAGUAGCUGUCGUAACCUAAGCUUUGAUGCCCCAGUCUUAGUAUUUGUACAA